AAUAAAACAAAGAACAUGUCCCGUCGUGGUCAGCUUCCAAUUCUAAGAGCCCCUUAUGAUACACAAGAUGAGCCAUUUCAACGUCCAAGCCCCCGGAAUAAUGAACCAGAGACCAGAGUUCUGCCAUAUUCUGGGAAUAACACAGAGAGACAGAGUCGUGGACCCUCCAGACUAGACCUGCUGGAAGAAAGGUUAGCACAACAGGAAAAAAAUUCACAAAACUUGGUGGACCGGGCCUUCAAAAUCAAAGAGGAUGUCAUUGACAGUUUGAAUUUCACCCAUGGAACUUGGCAAGAGGAGAAGCAUGCCAGAAAUAUGUUACAGGAACAUAUACGUACCAUAACUGCUGUCGUCAAUCGCCUUAACAAUGAUAUAUCACAACUUGAGGAAAGUGUUCGUGCCCGAGACAAUGCUACCAUGGGAACAAACAAUGCAGUGAAGAAUUUGGAGGUCCAUCAUGUGGCCUCCCUGACUGAUCUCAGGGGACGAGUUGUACGGUGCGACACAUCCAUAGCUCGCCUCUCUACAGAGUUACAAAAUGCCACAGCUGCCAUUAAACAAAUGUCACAGCAACAAAAUGACAUGCAAGGAAAAAUCUUGGAGCGGAUCCAUGAAGUAGAGGCACGGAUGGUCUCAAUUCAGAACAAUCAAGACAGAAUUGCCAGUGAGAAUAAGAUGAAGCUCCAACAUUUAGAGGGGGACACAGGCCAACAGAUGGCGACACUGGAUAGUCGAACAAGGAGUAUUAUUGAUGACCUGAAGAACACACUGACUAUGUAUCAAUCUAGUUCUGACACUGAACGAGAAAAACUCGAGUCCAGAAUGAUGUCAAAUAUAGAACGAAUCUCUGCAGCCAAAGAUAGUCUUAUAGAAAGACUGGAAAGAAAGAUAGAUGAAGGCACUUUUGUGACAGAUAACAGGAUUCAGAAAAUAGAGGAGGCCAUAAUGGAGGAAAGGGCCAAGAUAGCAGAUAUUGAACAUGGUUUAGGCCUGGGUGGCAGUAAGCAUUUGGAAAAUAAGAUAGCUGCCCGAUUGGAACAAAUGGCUGCCCAGCAGAAGGAGGAAUUCUCACGUCUGAAACGUGAAGUUCGGGAGGGCUUCUCUACAGUUCAUGAGAGCAUCACCAACAUGAAAACAGUGAUGGAGGGGAAAAGAAAAAUUUUAGAGGAUCAGUUGAGAAAGGAAAUGAGCCAAAUCCGCAAAAUGGUUGUCCUCGUGUGAUCUGGAAAAAGCUCUAGGUAAAACUAGAGUCACUGUGUUCAUCCCAGAGCAAGAUAAUGUUUUUAUGCAUCAAAUACCACUGCAUGAAGCUUUACAAUUUAGAACCAACAAUAGUAGCAUCAUGACACUGUGUUUUUUUUAAACUAUAGAUUGAUAUAUUCCUGUGUAGGUUAAUUAACACAUAACAGAUUUACAAACAUAACAGAUUUACAAACAGAAAUGAUCAACAUUCUGUCUGAAGCUGUGCUCUCUACAGAGAAAUAUUCAACCUUUAACAGUUCAGUGUGAAAUUGUAAUUUCAGUAUUAAAGACAUUCCUGAAUAGUUACAAUUUUAGUUAGUAGUGCAAUCACUCCAGCCUAAUUUAUAUAGGUCUUUUACAGGUUGACCACCAUGUUAUUGCAGCUAAUUGUUAGAAAGUUUCCAACACUUUUAUAUAUACAGUAAGACUUGCUUAUGAGGAACUUAGAUAUAUGGAAAUCUCUGUUAAGGGAAGAUAUCUCUACCCCAUCCCUUAUAUCAUAAACACUCUCUUAAUAUAUGGAUAUACAGUGAAACUUGUCUAUUCUGGAUGUUGUGUACUCCCAAAUAUUGUCUUAAACGGUGUAAAUUUUAAGUCCCUUGCAGUAAAAUCAAUUGUUUAGAAUGUUGUCUAAUCCGAAAGUUGCCUAAUCCGGCCAAUUUCUUUGGAACCAGUGGUGUCCAGAUUAGACAAGUUUUACUGUAUUAAAGGCAUUUGGAUUUAGGAACUAAUUUAACUAAAUGUCCCCAUGAUUUCUUUUAAAGCAAGUUUUAAUACUAUGUACAUUAUUUUGUUUGAGUUUUAAAGGAAGCACUUUUAAUAAUGGUUUUAGGUGCAAACGAGAAGGGUGAAUAUAGUUCAAUUGUUUUGUUAUUAAGUGUUUAUAUGUCCCAAAAAAAUCUAUUUAUAUACACAAAUCAUAUUUUUUUGUUAUUUAUUGUAAUUAUGCAAUCAAAGUCCAUUACCUGUUUAAUGUGUAUAACCAAAGCAUCUGUAGUCAGAUAUUUAUUUUUUCAAUGUAGAUAUUAUAUGCCAUAUUUUUUCAUGUCCAUCUUGUAGCAUACUUGCAUAUUCUAAAAUUUAUAUUGCAUGUGCCUCCAUUUAAUAAGCAUGUUCAUUCUACACUUGUGGAGGAAGCCUCACAAAUAUUCAUAAUAAAGUACAUAGUAUACA